UGUGGGCGGGGCUCUGGCUCCACCCGCCCCCAGGCAUUGGUGUGCGGCCCGGAGGCCGGCCACAGCCGCCUCACGGGAUCCUUGACGGCGCUCGUCCUGGGGCGCAGAUGGAGGGAGCCAUGGUUCGGCUGCUGCGCGGCGGCGCGCUGCUAAGAAGAAACUUCCCAAUUUGCCUGUCUUCCUGGAAAAAUCCUCCUCAUGUCCUAAAAUCUUCCCAGUCAGAAGCUGGACUCAAAACAACAAAUAAGGGCCUACCCUAUGCCCCUCUGCAAACAUUUACAGAUGAGGAGAUGAUGAUAAAGAGCACAGUUAAAAAAUUUGCCCAGGAACAAAUUGCUCCUUUGGUUUCAAAAAUGGAUGAAAAUUCAAAAAUGGAAAAAUCAGUAAUACGAGGAUUAUUUCAACAAGGGUUGAUGGGUAUUGAAAUUGACACAAAAUAUGGAGGAACAGGAGCUUCAUUUUUUUCCUCUAUCCUAGUGAUAGAGGAAUUAGCCAAAGUUGAUGCAUCUGUGGCUCUGGUAUGUGACAUCCAGAACACAGUAAUUAACAGGCUAAUUGGAAAAUACGGAACAGAAGAACAGAAGGCUAUCUAUUUGCCCAAGCUAGCUACAGAACAAAUGGGCAGUUUCUGCCUUUCAGAGACUGGAGCAGGUAGCGAUUCAUUUGCUUUGAAGACCAAAGCUGAUAAAAAGGGAAAUUAUUAUGUCAUCAACGGGUCAAAGAUGUGGAUUAGCAACGCCAAGGAUGCCGGGCUCUUCGUGGUGAUGGCAAAUGUAGACCUUACUCUUGGGUAUAAAGGAAUUACCUGCUUCUUGGUAGAUCGUGGUACUGAGGGCCUUCAUAUAGGGAAACCAGAGAACAAAAUGGGAAUCAGAGCUUCUUCUACCUGCCCAUUAACGUUUGAAAAUGUCAAGGUUCCAGAAGCCAAUAUCCUGGGACAAAUUGGACAUGGCUAUAAGUAUGCCAUCGGGGGUCUUAAUGAAAGUAGAAUAGGAAUUGCUGCACAGAUGCUGGGACUGGCUCAAGGAUGUUUUGACUACACUAUUCCAUAUAUUAAAGAAAGGGAGCAAUUUGGCAAAAGAAUAUUUGAUUUUCAGGGGCUCCAACACCAAGUGGCGCACAUGGCCACCCAGCUAGAAGCUGCAAGAUUACUCACAUACAACGCUGCAAGGCUUUUAGAAGCUGGAAGGCCAUUCAUUAAAGAAUCAUCUAUGGCCAAGUACUAUGCAUCAGAGAUUGCAGGCCGAAUAACUGGCAAAUGUAUCGAGUGGAUGGGGGGAGUAGGCUACACCAAAAAUUACCCUGUGGAAAAAUACUUCCGAGAUGCGAAGAUUGGUACAAUAUAUGAAGGAACUUCAAAUAUCCAGCUGAACACCAUUGCAAAGCGCAUAGAUUCAGAAUACUGACAGCCACGGGAGGGGGACCCCUCCCUGGUGUCACUGGUGUAAAAUUUUAAACUAUUGUGCCUUGUUGGGGGCUGCAUUGAAUGAUUUUAUUUAGGCCCUUCACCUUGGAUCUGGAGGUAGACCUUUCCUGUCUCCUCUUUCCAAUCUGCUUAACUUAGGCGCAGAAAAUCAUUUUUAAAUCAUUUUGGGAAGAAAUGCAUCCAUAUUUUCUCCAAAACUAUUUUUAAAACUCUGUAUGCAUUAUCAUUUUAGCUUCAGGGUAUACAGAAUUUCACUCUGUUAGAAUUUGGAAAAAUAAAGACAAUAUAAGUAUUUCUUGCAGACAUGGGUAUUUUAUAUCCCUGUCAUUGUGCAUCAGUCAGAGAGACGUUUGUGGUAGUUGGCAAUUCUAUAGAAGAAAUAGAUUCGAUUCUAAGUUGCUAAACUAGGUAGCAACUGAUAAAAAUUAUUUAGAAAAAUCUAAAAGUUUUAGUUCUGAAUAUCUGAAAAUGAGUGGAAAAUGAGGGUAUAACCCUGUAGUUUAUGUAAUCGAAGAAAGCAUUUCAACAAAGGAAAGCAAUAUAAUUUGUUACUAUAAUUGACCAGUAUGAAAGGUGCAUUUCAUUAUGGUUUCAGUAGAUCAUUUUAAAAACAAGUCUCUACGUUAGUUUUCAAGUAUGAAGUUUAAAUAAUUUGGUUUAAUAAUUAGAAUAUACUCAAUAUUGUAAUAUUCAUUUUUUCUGUCUUUAAAUUGAAUACUGUUUUCUCAAAGUUAGUUAUUGAGCCUUAUCAUGAAUAGUAAUUCAGAAAUUAUAUUUUGGUUCAGUAAUUCUCAAGAGGAGAUGUCUUGUCCCCAUAAAGAAGUGUAUUAAAAUCUUGUAAGGAAUGAGGGAUAGAAGGGAGCUGUAGAGUUCGAAAAGCAUAUUUGGAAAUAUAAAAAAUGACAUUUCUGGGAAGGCAAAAAGAAAUCUGUUGUUUUACAGUCAAAUUAUGGAAAGGCAAAGCUCAACAUAAUAUACGGCUGGCGAUGCCAUUUCUUCAGUAUCAGGGAUUCUCAAUCAGAAGAGACCUUGUAGAGUACAGGUCCUCAGUCCCCUCAGGAGGGAGGAGGACAGUGAAGGGUGAGUGUUUUAUAUUUUCUGGAAGGGGGCACGGGUUAGAGAUGUUGGAAAAUGUUUCAAGGCUCAUACAGUUGCUUAAAGUAAUCACUGCUGUCAAAAGGGAAGCACUUUAGUACUUUAAUGAAAGGAUAAUGUUUAUUAAGAAAACUUGACAUUUUCAAAGUAAUUUUGCUUUGCGCAUUCAUGUUCAUUGAAUUGGGUUAAUUUCUAUAAUGGAUACCAUAGUUAAAUAUUCAGAAUUGUGUAAAUACAAUUGAGAUAGGAAUUACAUUAAAAUAUUAGGAAGAAAUACGGACAAAUUUAGACCUUAGAUCAAAAGAGAGAAAGUCUACUUGAUUUUCAGAUAGGGCUGAUGGAAGCCAGUUGUUCAGUGUUUUAGAACAAAAAGACAGUAAUCUGAUAAGGAAAGUAGGGGAUGGAGGAAAUGCCCUAAAGGGGGGCUUGGACAUCUUUAAUUUCUGUGAUUAUGUGAGAGAGGUGGACUUUUCAGAUAACGGAAAAGAAGCCAACGUUAGUAAAAAGAAUCCCAGCUUCCUCCUGUAGAGUUACAAACACGUGAAACUACAGUAAGCCUCCUUCACAUUAGCAGCAUGGGAGAGGCUCCCGUGUACAUCUAGACCUUGAAUUUAUAGUUCAUAUUGAUACAGUUCUAAUUGUGUGUAUAUUUUUUGUACAGGUUCACAAAUAGUUGAAAAUUAAUUAUGUAUUGUAAUUAAUAUCCGUACCUGCCUUCUUCUAUUAGUGAAUUGUGUUAUUGUACCAUUUACCAAAGAGGGUGUUGUGGGUUUUCCCCAUAGUUCUUCCAUUAUAGCUUUUCUUAAUAACCAUGACUUUGGCGGUCUUGAGUUUGUGUCUAGUGGAGGACAAGCUUGUUUACCCCCUGAAGCCUGCCAUUACUGUUUGUUAAUUUGAGGGUAGGGCUGUCAUGGGGCUCAGAAGGAAGAGACUUGAACACAAGCAACAAGUUGUAUUUGUGUGGCAGAGCUGGACUCAACCCAACUGCCAACUUAGUAUUGUUAGACAUUUCACUUUACAACACAAAAAUGAAUUGGUGUCAGAGAUUUUAGAAUUAUGGAAAGCUAAAUCUAGAAAGAGUUUAGAGAACCAUCCAGCCAACUCUCUCAUUUAAGAGUGAAGGACUCAUAUAGCCCAGAAUACUUGCCCAAGGUCAUCCAUCCAGGGCCAAAGAUAAGACAAGGAUCCAAAUGUACUAGGUCCCAAUUCAGUGCUCUUCCUACUGUUUACUACUGUCUCUGUUCAACAGAUUUUGGAUUUCAUCCUUGUUAUGUUUCAAUACUCUUAUUGAUUUAUUUUAGAUUUAACUGAUAAAGAAUUAACAUUUCGGAAGUGUUAAGAUUGAUCAGUGUCGUUACUUACAUAUAUUAAUCACCUGCCAAACACACUGGCUCUCCUAGGAUGUAGCUGGUAUGUCAAAUGUAAAGAUUAUUGUGUGUGAUCACUUGGUUUUAUAUGAUUAUGAUGUGUUUUAGUAAAUGCACUAGUUAUAUCCUUGCUGAUGUAUUUUUGCUCAUCUUUCAUAAAGUGAAACUUUUGUUGUAAUGGUACAUAUCAGACUGUAAUCAGUGUUACAAAAUCAGUAUUCUAUGGAGAAUGAAAAAAUAAAGCACUAACUGGAGACUUUUGCUA